AUGGCUCCGACACCGCCUCCCCGUCCUCUCCACGAAGCCCCCCUCGAUCCUGUGUGUCCGAAAACGCCUACGAACGCCAACUUCAGCCGGAAACUUCCAUCUCGGGGGAGCCCGAGCCCACAUAAUCCCUACGGCCAUUCAAAAACGCCUUCAAGAUCCGAGGCACUACAUUCUCAACCAGUUCUACCAUUUUACCCAACUCAGACUCCUGAACCCAGCACAUAUGAUUCCCACUAUGAUCAUUCAAGAACGUCUUCGAGAUCCGAGGCACUGCAUUCGCAACCAGUUCAAUCAAUUCAACCGAUCCAGCCAUCUCAAACUCUAGCACCGGCGGCCGACAUACACCCAGAUUCGAUGUUGCCGAUGACCCGACGAGUGAGCCCAAUAGUACUUCCGAAUUUGCAUUCAAAGUUUUCGACUCGAGUGAAACGUGACCCAAAGAAAAGGUUAUCGUCACAUCCGAUUUAA